AGCAAUAUAGCUCUUUCCCAUCUUGCAAGAUGGCGGGUGAAAAAGUUGAGAAGCCAGAUACUAAAGAGAAGAAACCCAAAGCCAAGAAGGUUGAUGCUGGUGGCAAGGUGAAAAAGGGUAACCUCAAAGCUAAAAAGCCCAAGAAGGGGAAGCCCCGUUGCAGCCGCAACCCAGUCCUUGUCAGAGGAAUUGGCAGGUAUUCCCGAUCUGCCAUGUAUUCCAGAAAGGCCAUGUACAAGAGGAAAUACUCAGCCGCUAAAUCCAAGGUUGAAAAGAAAAAGAAGGAGAAGGUUCUUGCAACUGUUACAAAACCAGUUGGUGGUGACAAGAACGGCGGUACCCGGGUGGUUAAACUUCGCAAAAUGCCUAGAUAUUAUCCUACUGAAGAUGUGCCUCGAAAGCUGUUGAGCCACGGCAAAAAACCCUUCAGUCAGCACGUGAGAAAACUGCGAGCCAGCAUUACCCCCGGGACCAUUCUGAUCAUCCUCACUGGACGCCACAGGGGCAAGAGGGUGGUUUUCCUGAAGCAGCUGGCUAGUGGCUUGUUACUUGUGACUGGACCUCUGGUCCUCAAUCAAGUUCCUCUACGAAGAACACACCAGAAAUUUGUCAUUGCCACCUCAACCAAAAUCGAUAUCAGCAAUGUAAAAAUCCCAAAACAUCUUACUGAUGCUUGCUUCAAGAAGAAGCAGCUGCGGAAGCCCAGACACCAGGAAGGUGAGAUCUUCGACACAGAAAAAGACAAAUAUGAGAUUACGGAGCAGCGCAAGAUUGAUCAGAAAGCUGUGGACUCACAAAUUUUACCAAAAAUCAAAGCUAUUCCUCAGCUCCAGGGCUACCUGCGAUCUGUGUUUGCCCUGACGAAUGGAAUUUAUCCUCACAAAUUGGUGUUCUAAAUGUCUUAAGAACCUAAUUAAAUAGCUGACUACAAAAAAAAAAAA